AUUCGUCGAGUGAAUUACUUGAAGAUCAGCAAUGGCAGCUAAGUUCAUCGUAGUUCUUGCUAUGGUCGCCGUAGCCCACGGCUGGGUGGUACCAGUAGUCAAAGUAGACGCUGAACACAGCAGCUUCUCGUACAACGUGGCCGACCCCAGCACUGGGGACUUCAAGAGUCAGGUUGAAACUCGCGUGGGUGGUACCGUCUCCGGGCAGUACUCUCUCAUCGAACCCGACGGUACCAAGCGCACUGUGGACUACGCCGCCGAUGACGUGAACGGAUUCAACGCUGUUGUGCGCAAGGACCCUGUUGUCGCUCCCGCUGUGGUUUCUGCCGCUCCUGCUCCAUUAGCCGUCCGUGCCGUCCCCAUCCCUGCUGUCGUUCCUGCCUAUCCACCUUUAUCUGAUGUAUACUCGCCUAACUACCCCGGACCCGUAUACCCCGGAUAUCCAAGCUAUUCUGGCAUUUACAUCGACCCCGAAGUUUAUUGGUAAUUCAUUUUUUCCUUCGUUGAUUGUAAAUAAAGGGAGUUCUAUCUGUUA